UGCGCCUGCCCCGAGAGCUCGUCUCCCCGCGGUACCUCAACCUCGCGUGCGCUCGCCCGCAGCUAGUUCCUAACGUGCUGCGGACGCUCGUGACCCGCGGCACCCGAGAGGAGGGGCUCAGCGAAGCGGCGGGGACCAGUCGACAAAAAGAUGCCACGGAGAAGGAAAAAAGUUAAAGAAGUCUCUGAAGCUCAGAACCUGGAGAAGAAAGAUAUAGAAACUACCAGUUCUGUCAAUGUGAAGAAGAAGCGUAGACUUGAGGAUGCAUUCAUUGUGAUAUCUGAUAGUGAUGGAGAGGAACCAAAGGAGGAGAAUGGAUUGCAGAAAAUGAAGACAAAACAGUCGAAUAGAGCAAAGUGUUUGGCUAAAAGAAAAAUUGCACAAAUGACAGAAGAAGAACAGUUUGCUCUGGCUGUCAAAAUGAGUGAACAGGAAGCUAGGGAGGUGAACAGCCAAGAGGAGGAAGAAGAGGAGCUCUUGAGGAAAGCCAUUGCUGAAAGCCUGAAUAGUUGCCGACCUUCUGAUGCUUCUGCUACCAGAUCUCGACCUCUGGCUGCUGGACCAUCUUCACAGUCCCACCAAGAGAAAACCACAGACUUUGGGACCACUGAAGGCAUAUGGCAGCUGGUACCUCCAUCACUGUUUAAAGGCUCACAUAUCAGUCAGGGAAACGAGUCUGAGGAAAGAGAGGAGCCUUGGGACCGCACUGAAAACACUGAAGAGGAGCCGGUCUCUGGCAGCUCAGGAAGCUGGGACCAGUCAAGCCAGCCAGUGUUUGAGAAUGAGAACGUUAAAUGUUUUGACAGAUGUACUGGCCACUUGGCUGAGCGCACACAGUGUGGGAAGCCACAGGAAAGUACUGGGAGGGGUUGUGCUUUUCACAAAGCUGCCCAGGGUAGGGGGGACACAUCUAGGCACUGUCUGCCUACCCCAGCAGAUGCCAAAGGUCUCCAGGACAUUGGGGGCACUGUGCACUACUUCUGGGGUAUUCCAUUCUGCCCUGCUGGAGUAGACCCUAACCAAUAUACCAAGGUCAUUCUCUGCCAGUUGGAGGUUUAUCAAAAGAGCCUGAAAAUGGCUCAGAGGCAGCUCUAAAAAAAAGGGUUUGGGGAGCCAGUGUUACCUAGACCUCCUUCUCUGAUCCAGAAUGAAUGUGGCCAAGGAGAUCAGGCUAGUGAAAAAAAUGAAUGCAUCUCAGAAGAUAUGGGAGAUGAAGACAAAGAGGAGAGGCAGGAGUUUAGGGCAUCUGUCUGGCACUCAAAAACCAAGGAUUUCCAAGAAAGCCCAAUUAAAAGCUUGAAAGAGAAACUUUUGUUGGAGGAAGAACCAACAACCAGUCAUGGUCAGUCUUCCCAAGGGCUGUUUGUCGAAGAAACUUCUGAAGAAGGAAAUUCUGUACCUGCCUCACAGAGCAUUGCUCCUUUGAACAGUAUGAGAAGCUCAGUCCUUAUGCCAGAGAGUUCUGCAGAGGAAAUCACUGUGUGUCCUGAGACACAGCUAAGUUCCCCUGAAAGUUUUGACCUUGAAAAAGAAGACUUUCCAGGUAGCAGAGAGACCGUGGAUGAAGUAAGAAUAAUGGCAGAUAAGGAGGCGGUAUGGUGUAGUGCAAGGAGCUUGAGCAUUGGAAUUAGAAGACAUCGCUUUGAAUCCCAACCCGGCCACCUUGGGCAGGUUCUUCAGGUUGAUAACAGGGAAGAUGCUGAGAAGGAAAUACCUACUACUACCUUCUCAUCUAGUACCCAGGUAUCCUGCCCACUAUGUGACCAAGGCUUCCCACCCACAAAGAUCGAGCGACAUGCCAUGUACUGCAAUGGGCUGAUGGGUCAAGAUACAGUGUUGACUCAGAGACAAAAAGAGGCUAAGAGAAAGAGCAAGAGUGACAGUGGGACAGCUGCUCAGAUUUCCCUAGACAUUGACAAGAAUGAGAAGUGUUAUCUCUGUAAAUCCCUAGUCCCAUUCAGAGAGUAUCAGUGUCAUGUAGAGUCCUGUCUCCAGCUUGCAAGAGGUGACCGAGGAGAUGGGCCUGAAGAGAGUGAUAGAGUAUGCUCAGCUGUGGAGGGGAAGCGUCCACAACGGCUGAGGAACCCAAAGGAAAAAGGCUUCAAGGAAGGCCGACUCCUCAGUCUCUUGGAACAGUCUGAGUACAAGACCACAGAUGCGGAGAUAAAGACCAAGUUUUCAGAAACAGGAGCCUUCAGGGUGCCUUCACCAGGGGUAGAAGAGGCAGGUUGCAGCAGAGAGAUGCAGAGUUCCCCUGCACAUCUCGACUUAAAUGAGUCUCCCAUCAAGUCUUUUGUUUCCAUUUCAGAAACCACAGAUUGCUUAGUGGACUUUAAAAAGCAGCUUACUGUCCGGUCAAGUAGCCGGACACGGACCAAAGCAGGCAGAGGAAGAAGGAGGAAAUCCUGAAUUUCUAGGGUCCAAAGGUUGACAAAACCAUUAACAAUAGGGGUGGGCCAUGUUCAUUAAGCCUUAGUGGUCUCCAGUUCAUUGUUAUGCAAGUUUUGGCCCUGCAGUUUCUACCACCAGCACCCAUUCAGUGUUCUGGUUUUUAUGUUUUCUAUGAGCUAUACAGACAACUGUGUGUAGUAUUCUGUUUUAUAACAGUCUGUUUGAAUUCACUUAUGGUUAAAAAGAAAAUUUAAAUAUA